AUGCGUAUAAACUGUGAAAUAUCGAUCGUAAAUCGUAUAGCUGCUUCUCACAACGUGCGAAAUGCAAGCAAGCCUGCGCGCGCCUCUUUAGCAAUCGGGCGAAAAGAUUCUUCGAAACUUGACAAUGAGAAAGGAAAGAACUUGUUUCUCUUAGUUUGUACAGCAAAAGAGAGGAAUGGAGCUAAAUACAAGGUGUGUGGUGUGCGAGUCUGCCAAAUUUGAGCAUUCUCUUCCCUAUAAAUUUGACUGCAUUUUGUGUGAUUUUUAAUUUUUUUUUUCGAUUAUGCACUGAGUUUUUACUUAGUUUUUGAUACAUGUAGUACAUGUAUUGUAGCUUGAUAGUACAUGUACAAGUAUUUAUCCGAUGAUUUUUUUAUUUGUUAUCGAUCCUUUGAACUCGUUACAGAUCAAAGAAAACCUGCAGCAAGUCUUCUCCAAGUUUCUCGAAAAAGGCAAAGCUACGAUUCGCUUUAAAGAACCUCCACACGACCUCUUCAUCAACAAGGUAUUGACUGCCGAAUAUGCAAAAAGGAGUCUCUGAUUUAGCGCAUUGGGUGGAUGAGGGGGGGUUACGAGAAGAGAAUAAGGAAGGGGGUGUAAAGAAAAUGAUUGCAGAUGUCCUCUUAGAUGACUUGAUUUUGAUCAAUCCAACGAAUAAGUAGCUUCAGAAUGUCUAUAACAAUGUUUCCUGAUGUCGAAAGCAUAUUGUUCAUCAGCUGUUGUGUUGAACAGUAGUUUAAUUGUUCUGAAGUUUCUUUUCAAAUCUUUUCAUUACCCUUCCAUCCUCAGCACCAAGAAACUAUGGGGAACUACUAAGUUACCUUUUUCAUUUUCUCAUAUCAUUUGUUAUUUACUUUGUCAACAGGCUGACCCAUCAAGUCUGAAAACAUUUUUAUCUUUACUCAAGCUUGGAGAUAAAGCAUUAGAAAAUGUCAACCUAUCCUGUCUGGUUCCUGCAAAGGUCUCUGAAAUAGAAAAGCCCAAAACUGAAAUGGUGAUCAAACGUAGAGCAGAUUAUCCUCUUGGAAAGCCAUUUCCAAGUAAGCUUGACAAGUUGACUGUAAACAACUGUGGAAUUGUACGUAUUGAGGCACGAAUUUUACAAAUGAAGAGCUUGUCAUGUUUGAAUGUUGCUGACAAUCAAGUGAGGGCAAUCCCUUGCAGACUGGCCAGUUUCUCAACAUUAUCAGAGCUAAUUUUGCAUGGCAAUCGGAUCAGGGAAUUUCCAUCUUUGUUGUGUUCGGGAAGCUUGGCAUCAUCCUUGAAGCUCUUAGAUCUCAGUCAAAAUGAAAUCAAGCUUUUACCUGUGACAUUCUGUAACUUAAAGAACCUUGUUCACUUAAAACUUGAUAAGAACAGUCUUCACAUGUUACCAAUAAAUACUGGAAGUCUUUCACAUCUGAGAUUCUUCUCUGCCAGUCAUAACCAGCUAAAGGUCUUACCUUACAGCCUAUCCAAGUUAAAACUGGAUUCCAUUGAUGUAUCUGCAAACCCAUUUUUAGCUCAGGAUAAGUGGUACAACAUUAGCAAAUUGGCUGUUCCAUCAUUGAAGGAAUGUGCAGGAAUUGCUGUCAAGAAGCAUAAGUGAGUAUUACUAACAAGUGAUCUUGAAAUUUCAUUGAAAAUUUCCUGUUAUUUUUAUUAUAUGGAAAUAUAGUUCUGAAUUAAUACUCAGCAUUCUGAUAAGUUCUUACCUUGGUCAGGAUUUUGCCAUAUGAACAAACUGUAUAUCUGGUAUAAUUUUGUUGGUGAAAUUGGAAAAUUCAAAAAAAUUUAUUACUGCUGAGGUUUAUGAGACCUCAGGACAGAGUUGCAGGGAUUUGCCAGCCAUGGGGGUGGUAUUCCAUAGUUGAAGCCUCAGGAUACCCCAGGCAACCACAUCCUAUUUGGCUCCUUUAAACUACCAAGAUCUGACUGUUAAUUCUCCCUUCUAACAGCCAAACAUUUCCUUGUUAAUCAGUUCAGAGAAUUUGGUGUUAGAUCAAGGUGGCAACUUCUACCUGAUAAGUUUGAAUAUUCCCAUUACCUGUUUGCUGUGUAAUGUAUGGAUAUUAAAGGAAGAGGUUGCAUAUUAAUCACUUCUGGGAGUUAAAAGGUUUAGUGAGACAGCACUAAAAUAAGUCAUCGGAACUUUUUCAGACAGAAAAGUUUGUCACAGAAAACAGCCACUGGUCAUGUGUCUCCACAUUGAAAUACAAACUUCUCUUUUGCAGCAACUUUUCUGACUUCAAAUCUCUUCUCCUCUUUCGGCAGGUGUGCAUACUUCAAAGAACUCAUUCCAUCCUCUCUCUGUGUAUUUCUGGACACAGCAAAACAGUGUUUUUGUGGAAACUACUGCUUCACAUCGUGUGUCCACCACAUUAUAACUAUCAAUAUUCAUCAGCUAGCUCAUACAGUUGUGUCUGCUUGUCCUACACAAAGCCACAUUCCAGCAGAAAGUUUUAUUUGUUCUCAAAGAUGUCUUCAGAGAUUGCAGAAUAACAAAAGACCUUUCUGGAGAUAG